AUGUUUGCUCUAGACAGGUUCGGUUUCGAUACUCGCUGUGACGCCUUUGAUGUGCGGCAGGUUCCUGUCGAGAUAGAUGUCGAGGCGCUCCAGAAGCGUCUUGAGGCGCGUGCGAAAGCCAUGAUUCAGCUGGAGGAGCAGGAGGUUGCUAGCCGCACAAAGGUUAAAUUUGUGCUCAAGCAGAAAAUUGGGCUUGGUGAGUGUUGGAAGGUUGUUGGCAGAUGCCCAGAGCUGGGCAACAUGUUGCCAGAGGUUGCACCUUACAUGCAAUGGAACAACGGUGACGUAUGGACCUACGAAGCAAAAAUUCGCCCCGGUACCUUUCAAUUUAAGGCAGUCCUUCGCAAGCCAGACGGGCAAUACCUUUGGGAAGAUGGCAAGGAACGCAUCAUUGAGGUGCCGUUCGGGGAGCCGGCAGACUUGGAGAUUCAGAUCACUGACGUCAAGUUCAAAAGGCGAACUUUUAACGAAAGUACAAGCAUAAACAUGCUGAAGGAAGUUCAGCCAAAUAGCUACCUGUCGCGCUGUACCACUGUCAACAGCGACAAGGUUUCGGCACCGAAAAGCGGUCCAGAAAACUCGCUCCUUGCAGCAGCAAGUUCGAUGCGACUGCCAAACAGCGAAGAUGAGCUAGAAGAUUAUAGCAGCAGCAGCAGCAGCAGCAGCAGCUCUCUUUCAGAGGAUGGGCCGUCUGUUCCGCGCUCCAUACCUCGCCGGCGCCUCGUCCGCCUUGACAAAAGCAGAAGCGCUGCUAAUGAGCAACCUGUAGACGACCUACUCAAAGGGAUUGCAUCUUUGGAUUUGAGACCCGCUGCUACACAACGAGCCGGUCGCCCAAGCGCUGCGCCAAAUGGUUCCGCUGUUCAUGCUAUGCCGGGUUCCUCUCCAAGUAACGUGGCCCCACCUCAAGCCCCAUCCGAGGCAUCGGGAGACAGCGACACCUCUGAAAGUGACAGCGAUAAAGAUGUCGCCCCUUUCUAUGAGCGUCUGGUUCCAUCCUUGGGGGCCAAGGCAACCGCGGCCAAGGCCACCUCUUCAGCACCUCCUAAGCCUGAGCCAGGUUCUCUGGUGCUCGGUGAGGACCAGCAGUAUGUGCUUGGAGCUCACGUGGCGCAGAAGCUUUACCCACACCAGGUUCAGGGGGUGAAAUGGUUGUGGAACCUGUUCUCCAUGCAGCGCGGUGGUAUACUCGGCGAUGACAUGGGGCUCGGGAAAACCAUGCAGAUUUCGGCAUUCCUUGCUGGCCUUUUUGGGAGCCAGCUGGUACGUCGUGCCAUCAUCAUCGCGCCCAAGACCCUCCUUCCGCACUGGAUAAAGGAGCUCACCGUGUGCGGGCUUCGCAACCUUACCCAUGAGUUCUUUGGGAACUCCGAGUCGGAAAGGUCCGCGGCACUUCGCGGCGUAGUCAGCGGCCGGGGUGUAAUUGUGACGACGUACGGUAUGGUGCAACACAACUCCGAGCAGCUGGCGCGCCCAGCGCACAGCAGCAGGGACCACGCUUUUACGUGGGACGUCAUGCUCCUGGACGAGGGGCACAAGAUCAAGAACCCCAAGAUGAAGCUGGUGGAGCACUUGAACAAGCUGCCGGCGCGAGUGCGUGUUAUCAUCAGCGGGACUCCUAUUCAGAACAACCUGAUGGAGAUGCACAGCCUUUUCGACUUCACCACCACGGGCCUCCUCGGGGACGCGAAGACGUUCAAGAAGAACUACGAACGGCCAAUCACCAAGGGCCUGGACAAGGAGGCAACCGCCAGGGAGCGACAGACUGGCGCGGCCAUCGCUGCAGAGCUGCGACAGCGCGUGGAGCCGUAUUUCCUGAGGCGGGAGAAGAAAGAUGUCCUGAGAAACGAUAGCAGCAGCAGCAGCAACGACGUUGGCGGCCGCGGUGACGCCACAUCGGAGAGCGGUCCAAGCUCGUCAUCUGGGUCGGCGGCAGGGGUUGCCCCACAAGUUGGCCAGCGCGCUCGGGGCUUGCCGCGGAAGAACGACAUGCGCAAAAUCUAUACGGCGUUUUUGCACACGGACAGUGUCCGGCAGGUUCUCAACGAGAAGGCUUCACCGCUUGCCGCAAUCACUGUCCUGAAGAAGAUCUGCGAUCAUCCAGCUUUGCUCUCUCAGCGAGCGGCCAACAACGUGAUAAAGGGAGCGCACCGGUGGGCCAAGCAUGGAGGUUCUCAGAGGCGGGAAAUGGAUGACUUCAUUGUCUAUUCGGAUGAGGAUAUCGUCGACAGCAGCGACAGCGAUGAUGCUGAGGGGGGCAAGCACGGCGACGGGGAGCCGCCCGCCGGGUGGUUGGAAGACGGAGCUGGUCUUGAUACUGAGCUUGCUCGCGAGCUGGAGCAGCGGGGUGCGGAGGCUUCCUGCAAAUCUGCGUUUGUGCUUGCUCUUUUGGGGAGGCUACAUGCUGAGGGCCAUCGCACACUCAUCUUCAGUCAGUCCAAGGUCAUGCUGAGCAUCCUUGAGGCUGGCGUGAAGGCCAUGAAACUGUCCUACUGCCGCAUUGACGGGGACGUGGCCAGCGCGGAGGAGCGGCAGGCGCACGUGCAGCGCUUCCAGAAUAGCAACAUCCCAGUCUUCCUGUUAACUUCCCAGGUGGGCGGCUUGGGCCUCACAUUGACAGCUGCGGACAGGGUUAUCAUCGUGGACCCUGCGUGGAAUCCUUCCGUUGACGACCAGAGCGUGGACCGCGCCUAUCGCAUGGGCCAAACCCGCGACGUGGUAGUGUACCGUCUCAUCACGUGCGGUACGGUGGAGGAAAAAAUUUACCGUCGCCAGGUUUUUAAGGGCGGGCUCUCUAAGACAGGGACCGAAGAGGGCAUCCAGUUCAGAUACUUCACUCAGACGGAGCUGCGUGACCUCUUCUCGGUGACAACGGAGGGGCUACAGCAGAGCGUCACGCAAUCGCAACUGCACGAGAUGCAUGGGCAUCAGCGAGAUGCGUCUGAAGAUGUACGGCGACACCUGGAGCAAGUCCGGCGCAUGGACAGUGUCGCCGGCAUUCACGAUCACAAUCUGCUUUUUACUCGGCGCCCAGACGAACACGUUCCUUCUGCCCAAGAGGGCCGGGCGAUUUUGAAUCAGAUGACGGGCUCUGGCCCAGUGGGCUUGGAUGCACUGACGGCCAAGCUUGGGAGCGGCUUAAAGCUGGACAGUCGCGUCGAGGAUACCAAGCGCCAAGCUCAGAUAAACGAGCUGCGGAACGAGGUCGUGAAGUCAAAAAACGCAAUCGCCAAUUACGAAUCGUUCAUCUCUUCUGGCAAGGCCGGCGCAAUGCCAGACCGCGGCGCCAAAGUGCGGGCCGUCCUGCAAGAGGUGCGGACGAAGCUAGAGGCGCAGCUCGCACAGCUGGCUGCGCUGGAGGGUCGCAACGUGGAUGCUGCUACUCCCGAUGCUGGCACGGGUCCGGACACUGGGGGAACCCGGACGCUCCCAGCCGCCGUUUUGGUCACUGCUGCUCAGGGUGCGGCGUCAGGUCCGCAUCUCAGCCAGCCCCAGUCUGAGCGACCGCCGGGGCCCACGCUUGGGGGGCGAAGGUUUGGGGCUGGGCUAAGGUCUCGGUCGCUAGGCAAUGGGGACAGCACGAAGAGUGAGAGCGCUCUUCAGGCUACAGGACAGGACCAACCACAUAAGCAGCAGUCGGCUGGGAUGCCCUGCUCGUCCCGGGACCCCGUUAACGGCGCUGUGAAAG